AUGUCGUGCAAACGAGAUCUGAUUGAGGAACGAGCAGCGUAUACAAAGCGCACGGAAGAUUACAUCCAGCUUAUUAAACGAUUCGCUGAACCGGAAGUCUCCGAGGUUGGCAACUAUAGCAUUUUAAGAGAAAUCGGAUCCGGUGCCUUUGGUCAGAUAUACUUGGGUUAUCAUAAGUUCCUCAGAGUUAAAGUAUGUCUGAAAAGAGGUACUAGGGACCCUAACAAUCCGCAGACAAGCGACAAUAUGAUGAAGGAAUUCUACUACUUGAAGGAAUUUGGUCAUCAUCCGUACAUUUCCCGGCUGUAUGAAGUCAUUUUGACCGACAAGUACGUCUACUUGGUACUUGAAUACUAUCCGGAAGGAGAUCUCUUUGACUACCUCAGCAAGCGAGGUAGAAUCCCUAUAGAUGAGGCUCUAAAGAUAUUCACCCAGCUAGUAGGAGCCGUUUAUUACAUGCAUCGCAAUGGCUGCUGUCACCGUGAUUUGAAGUUGGAGAAUAUUUUAUUAGAUCGGAAGUUUAAUGUCAAGUUGAGUGAUUUUGGCUUCACUAGGGAGAUUCCUUUGGUUGCCAAUGGUACUGGAAGAGCUCCUUUGACUGAGAUAUGUGGUACUGAAGCCUAUAUGUCUCCUGAAUUAAUACAGAAGAAGUCUUAUUCUGGUAUUAAAACUGACAUAUGGGCAUUGGGUGUCAUAUUAUAUACGAUGGUGGCUGGAGAAAUGCCCUUUGAUGACUCGUUACCCACUGAACAGAUAGAGGCCGCUGUUUUAAGUGAAGAGCCCGUUUUUUCCAAGCCUUGUUUUGCUGGUUCUCUUGGUCUUGUGGUGUUGCUUCGCUCUUUAUUGGCGAAACCUCCAGAAAAUAGACCUGCUUCCCUUGCUGAUGUGCUAACGUUGCCACUAUUGCAGCCUUAUGGAGGUCAGAACCAGAUCGAAAUUGUUCACAAGUUAAUCUAUGGUCCCACAGAUAAGUCUUUAUCCUUGCACAGUUUGUCCAAUAGCGAUCGUGCUUUGUUGAAGGAGAUGACACAUCUUGGAUUUGAUAAAGAUUGUCUCAAGAGGUCAGUGAGAAACGAGAUGUUGGAUCCUUUGGACGGGUUUUGGAUGCUUUUGAAGGAGAAAAAGCAAAGAAAGGCAGAGCGUAAGAAACGUAAACGUAGAAGCCGAAGUAUGUUGAGACUUAGUGGCUCUAAGUCGUUCAUUGAUAGUGCUAAGCAGUAUGCAUUUGGCCAAUCUUCGAAUGCUGAGAAUGUCGACUCAACGGAACCAGCUUCAGCUUCAGCUACAGCUUUGGCUACGGCUGCAUCUGCAGCUACUACCUCUUGUGGAUUUCCUAAUGACACCUCAACUGAUGGUCCUUUGAUGUCCCAUCAUCCACAUCAUAGACACGAAUUACCUAAGCCACCAGUGCAGCCGGUAGCUUCAAUCAGCGAAGAGAAAGAGGUACCAAAGCCAGCGUUGAAAGAGAAGCGUUUAAGUAGCAUUAAGAAAAAGCAUAGUGUUUUCUCGUUGUUUGCUCUUUUUUUGACAUCAAGGAAAAAUAGUGUUGCUUUGUUUGGCACAAGAGGCUCUAGACUUAGUACCGAGAGCUCUAGUCGAGAGUCUAUCUUGAGGAAGAUAUUUCCCAGUAGCUCUUCAUCCAACAAUAGUACCCGUGAAGAGAAGAGAAGCUACGAUGAUUCUAGAACUCACCAGAACUCCGACCAUGGGGUCGGUGUUGACAAUCGUCAUGUUGGCAGUCGUCGUGCUGGUUCUGCGGUGAAUGAUCACAAUAGGGGACACUCUCGGGCCAUUGUAUCUUUUGAUUCGCGUAAAAGAAACCUUCGGACUAGCGUGGUGGUCAUUGAGCCAGAAAAGCAUGCAGUCGGACCUCCAUCAUCCUCUUCUACUCAGGAUAAUUACUAUAAAAGAAGCGUUCCGACUCGUCCGGGGUCGGUGAUAUCGUCCUACUCGAUUCAAACGACCAUUUCAGAGACCUCCAAUGGCUCUGGUUAUAUCACUGGUUAUUCGACGGAUAAUCAUGCUACAGGUGGAAAUAGUGUUGCAGCAGCUGCUCAAGGUGUUCCUGGUUCUCCUCGUCCUGCCCGACCCGGAAUCAGUAGAGGCAUCAGUGACUGGUCUGUAGGUUCGAGAAACGUCUCCAGUCAGGCCGAGUCGCCAAAUUCAUCGUUGACUGGAAUCUCCAGAACAACGUCGAUGGACUCUUCAUCUCGUUCCAGCGGUGGGAUUCUGAGAUCCAAAAAGAAAAGUUCGUCUUCUAAUUCUUUUCCACUGCAUCGUAGGGAUUUAGGUCUCAAGUCGAAGAUCAAUGCCAAAUGGAGUUUUAGUAUGGCAAAUGCUGGCAAUAAUUUAAAAAGGUAUAGAAAGCAUGCACCGAAGCAGAUCAUCGAGGAGGAAGAGCCGGAAAUGGCCGAUAGUGAGGAGAUGGUAGAAGAUGAUGAUCUUGAGAAAGAAGAGUAUAAUAACACUGAGAAUGAUGAGGAGCUUGUUGAUGAAAAGGCCUUACGAGCGGAAUCCACUGAGAUCGAGCCCGAGAUUGGGACACCUGAAAGAAGUGCCAAUGAAGUUUUAAGUCAGCAUUCGGCUCCUCCGCCUCUGAAAGUUCAAUAA